UUCUGGACGCAAGCUGCCGGAGAUGUUUAAACCUCGCGAGUUCUGGUUCAUUAUAAAGGGAAGCGGUAAGGCGGAGUGAACAGUAGCUGCAGGAGCAAAGUGUGGAACCUGUUAACUAUUCAAAAUGGCAGCUGGAAAUGCUAAAAUUGGUCACCCUGCACCUGAUUUCACUGCCAAAGCAGUGAUGCCAAAUGGAGAAUUCCAGGACCUGACCCUCUCCAGUUACAAAGGAAAGUAUGUCGUGUUUUUCUUCUACCCCCUGGAUUUCACCUUUGUCUGCCCAACGGAGAUCAUUGCAUUCAGUGACCGAGCUGCUGACUUUCGCAAGAUCAACUGUGAAGUAAUCGGUGCUUCCACAGAUUCUCACUUCAGCCACUUUGCCUGGACCAAGACUCCUCGUAAACAAGGUGGUAUUGGCCAAAUGGAUAUCCCACUAGUUGCUGACCUGAAUCAGUCCAUUUCCAAAGACUAUGGUAUUCUGAAGGAGGAUGAAGGAAUUGCUUACAGAGGACUCUUUAUUAUUGAUGAUAAAGGAAUCCUGCGGCAGAUUACAAUCAAUGACCUUCCAGUUGGCCGUUCAGUGGAUGAGACUCUAAGGCUGGUGCAGGCGUUUCAGUUCACUGACAAACAUGGAGAAGUUUGCCCUGCUGGUUGGAAGCCUGGCCAGGACACCAUCAAACCUAAUUUGAAUGACAGCAAAAAGUUCUUCGAGAAACAGUCCUAGGUGUUUGGUCCAAUCCUAGUUAUGGAGGAUUAAAUAAUGAAAACAUUGUAUUUUUGUUAUGUGGGCACUUAUGAAGACCUAUUGUAGAUUGCACACCAAGAUGUUGAAUUACCAGUAUUUCUUCUGUGCUCCAAGUGACGAGGUCCAGUCAUGUUCUUGUAAAAUGUUUUUUUACUGUGCCAGAAUAAAACUUGGGAUUGAAGUGCAAAA